GCAUCCAUGUGAUAUAAUGUUUGUACACAAACGGUUUUUCUCUAAUUGUAAGUUAUGCGAACGUUGGAAAACGUGAGCAAGUCGUAGUAAAUAUAAAUUUCGUCUAGCCGGAUUCGCCGUCAUUUCAUUGACGAGCGCCAUGCUAAAUCAGAAGAAGAAGAGACAAGUUUCGUACACGUGUAAUUGAAGUAACCUGCUUUGAUUAGACAUUUGCCUGGUGAGGAUUUUAUGUCAUCUAUUGUAUUUAAAAGAAAGUCCGAGAUAUGGCUGGGGCCAUGAGACAGUUGGAGGAGCGUCAGCUCCCUGCAGAGGUGACGACGAUGCUGUGGUCACCGAAGAUGGAUCUUUUAGCAAUUAGCAACAUCAAAGGUGAAGUCGUCCUUCAUAGACUCACAUGGCAAAGAGUAUGGUUGUUGAGUCCUCAAGAUGAAUCUGAUAUCACUGUCCAUUUGGCAUGGAGACCAGAUGGAAAGCUGCUUGCGGUGUGCUAUGAGAUUUCCAAGCUAUUGUGUCUUGUUGAUGUUGAAACUAAAAAUAUCAUUCACAAAACUAAAUUGUCUACAAAUGAAUUGAUUGUUUGUGUUAAGUGGUUGCCGCUGUCUAAUUCUGAACAUGAAGGUUCAUUAACAAGUGAUAAAACUAAUAAACCUACAGGCGAAUAUCUGCCACCUCUGCCUAGUUUAAUCAGAAGUUAUAGCGCAGAACCUGAGCGGAAAGAAUUUCUGUCUCAUAUUUUGGAUAUGCUCUUUAUUGGUCAAAAAGAUGGCACAGCAUUAAUGUAUAUUUUUGGCAUGUUUUAUUGCGGCACUAUAACUGUAGGCCUUGGACCAAUCUUGCAAAUCACAGGUGGAUCUAAUAAUCCGAUAUGGAUCACAUGGAAGGAUAAUAAUUGUGUUAAGACAACUAGAAUAUCUUGUUCAUUAUUUAAAAAAACAGCGUUUCUCAAGGUUGCGCAAACUCAAGCUAAUGUAGAAUGUUUGAAAGAUUAUCUCUCGCGAACCUUAAUGGCUACUUGCGAAGCUUGGGAGACAAUACUCUUGGAAAUGGAUGAAAAACUCGCACGAUAUGCAGAAGCAAAUCCACCUGGUAGUAUGUCUGCAGACUUUUUAGAACUACUAAUGAUUGGAAUACCUACGAAAAAUUUAGAAACUUUUCUACUUAGAGAUCUCACAGAGAAAGGAUUAAAAAAAUUUGGACAUAGUAUUGAAAUGUGUUACAGUAAUAUACAAAAACUAGUCUCGAAAAAUUUAACUAGUGUUGGUAUGGCCUUGGUUUAUCAAUUAGCUGAAUUGAGAGGUAUGGUGAGAGUAGGUGGCACAUAUGAAGCAUUAGGACUACGUGAUGAAACACUUGUAACUAAUGCCAUUAAUGAAUCUGAAGCUUUCUUGGCAAAAUCGUAUGAAAUCGAGCAAGUUAUAGACCAGAGUAUGCGCAAUUAUAAAGCAUUUUUCCGAUGGUUGUAUGUAGCCAUUCUUCAACUAACGGAUGAAAGAGCACCAUCAGAAACUCCCCUGACUUCGGAAGGAAGCGAAUGGGCUGCUUUGCUCGAUACAAAUGAUUGCUUGCACAAUUAUGCACAUAUAGUAAAGCAGAAUUUUAAUUUAUCUUUACUACAGUCUCAUGUAAAAUUAGUCGCCGCUGUAGAAAAUGUUUUUGCUGAAGCCUAUCAAAGCUUAGUUGAUCACUUUGUGAUGAUCUCCGUCUCUUUGCCAUCAUUUACAUUUUUCAUGUGUUCGCAAACUGUAACAAGCGAUGGAAAUUUUUUGUUAGCUAUGAGCGAGACUGACAGCAAAUUGUUAAGACUUUUUAACAUAAAAUAUUCGUCUAUAGAUCCUAUAUCUCUUAGUUCAAAGAUGGUUACGUUAGAUGUGACGCAAAAGCAAGGAGAAUGUUCAAAAGAAAACAUCGAUACUGUGAUAGUAGAUCUGCAAUUUUACUCGCAAGAUUAUCUUAGUUUGCUUAUAUUAAAUAAACAAACUCAUGCAUCGUUUCUCAUACAAAUGCCAUUACAUAGUACGCUUGAAUAUCAAGAUAAUGAGGCAAUAAUAUCGAUAACCGACAUCAUCGGUGCAACGUGGCCGAAACCGUUUCAAGGAAUAUCUGCGAGACGACUAGCAGUCAGUGGCUCUCGGAAAGUAGCUGCUAUUUUGAAUGAAAAUAAUAGAAAGAUUCGUUUACUCGAAACUGAAGCGGAACCUGAAGAUGAGGAAGAUGAAGAGGAGGAAGAAGGACGUUUUGUGGAAGGUAUAAUGGAUACCACACCUAGUGCACAUUUUCCUGUAGAAACAAAAACUGACGUACAACAAUUCUACAAGGAAGAAAACAACUGAAGUAAAAUAUAUUUAAGGAUUCCCUGGACCAAUAACAUUGUUAGUUCCAAAUUGCCAGAACAUGAAACGAUGAUGUUCAUCAAUAC